AUGCCUCCCAAAGAUGGCAAGCCCGACUAUUCGGCGUUUCAGUACAGCGCGAUGGUCAGUGGCCCUUCCCCAGUCCCUUGCUCCUCAUCUGGUCUGGGGCUUCGGUGGUGGCUGCUCGGAUCUUCCUUGGCAUGACGAGAUAACGCUCAGCGUAUAACUCUGUGUCCAACCGUUGCUCUGAGACUUGCUUCACCACCGAGGGGACGAAACUCGCUCUCCGCUCCAGCGAGCGAGCAUUCACGCGUCGACUCGCACACUCCCUCGCCCCCUCCCCGUUCAGUAUCCCCGGAACUGACGUUGUCAUCUUCUUUCCUCUCACCAUUAGGCGUCGCUCGUCACCACCGCCGACCGCUCCAACAUCCCCCGCCGCGACAACGAGCCCACGGGAGAAGCCGAAUCGCUCGUCGGCCGCAUCAAUCCCAAAGACAUGGGUUCUCGCGUCGCCCGUGCAGGUGUGGCCGACCUCGAUGCCAAGCGUAAAAAGGCGGAUAAGGACAGGGAGAAGAGGGAGAAGAGGGAGCUGGAAGGAGCGCCCAAGAGGAGGACGGCGACGUCGGCGUUGAGGUAUGGGGAUGUGUUGGAGGCGACGCAGGAUCGUGAGUUCAGCCCAUCUGGAGGAAGCGACUACAGGAAACUUACCUUCGAAUCGAGAUCAUCACAGUCGAAGGUUUGGACUACCGACCACGAACGGCCGAGACGCGCCAAGUGUACGAGUUGAUGCUCUCCGCCGUGCACACCUUGCUCGGCGAUUCGCCGCCUUCGAUGGUCCGAUCCGCCGCCGACGUCGUGCUCGGUUACCUCAAGGACGACUCGCUCAAGGACCUCGACAAGAAGCGCGAGAUUGACGCGCUCUUCUCCUCAACCGUACCGACCGAUGUCUUUGCUCAACUGGUCACUUUGGGCAAGAAGAUCACAGAUUAUGGAGAGGAGGAGGAGAAAGGUGCCAAGGACGAGGACGAUGCUAAGGAAGGCGAGAUCGAUGAUGAUGUCGGGGUUGCUGUGGUCUUUGAAGAGGAGGAGGAAGAAGAAGAAGAUGAGGAAGGCUUCGAAGUGCGCGACUCGGACGAUGAUGAGGACGAGGACGAGGACGAGCAAGCCGAGGAGGCCGACGAGAUGGUCCCUGGCGACGUCGACGAAGACGCCGGUGAGGAGAACGUCAUCAUCGGUCGCGCCGGUGCUUCGUCGAGCAAGAAAUUGGGUGCCGCCGAUGGCAUCGUCUCCGCUCGCGAGAUCGACGGUUUCUGGCUGCAGCGAUUGAUCGCCCAAUCUUACGCCGACCCCGUCGAAGCCGCUGAAAAGACGACCGAGGCGAUGGCCUUGCUCUCGUCCGAGGCCAACAAGCGCGAUGUCGAAAACUCGUUAAUGGAUCUGACCGACUAUGACAAGUUCGAACUCGUGUCCGUCCUGAUCCAGAAUCGCGAGAAGAUCGUGUGGUGCACCAAGCUCGCUCGUUCGGAUGAGAAUGAAAAGGUCGAUGUUGAGGUCGCGAUGCGGGAGAAGGGUGCCGGAUGGAUCCUCAAGGAACUUCGAGGGGAUGUCGUCAAGCCUUCGGCUGAUGGAUCUGGCGAUGCCAAUGCGAUGGAUGUCGAUUCCAAAGCCAACAGCUCAAUCUCGAAGAAGGGCACACUUGCACCGGGUGGUUAUGCUCCUCCGCCCGGCAAGACGCUCGAUCUCGAAGCCAUGGCCUUCUCGCAGGGUGGCCGACUCAUGUCGAACAAGAAAUGCAAGCUCCCCGAAGGUUCGUUCAAGCGAUCCAAGAAGGGUUACGAAGAGGUCCAUGUCCCCGCCCCUAAGAAGCCGACACGCGAGGCCGAGCUCGUCCCCAUCACUGCUCUGCCCGAGUGGGCCCAACCGACGUUCAAGGGCACGACUUCGCUCAACCCCGUGCAGAGUCGUUUGUACCCCAUCGCGUUCGGUACGGACGAACCGAUCUUGUUGUGCGCUCCGACUGGUGCGGGUAAGACCAACGCCGCGAUGUUGACGAUCCUCAACGAGCUGUCCAAGAAUCGCAAUGACGUCACGGGCGAGUUCGACUUCUCCGCGUUCAAGAUCGUCUAUGUUGCCCCGAUGAAGGCCUUGGUGCAAGAGAUGGUCGGCAACUUUAGCAAGCGAUUGGCGCACUACGGUGUUGUCGUCAACGAGUUGACCGGUGAUCGUCAAUUGACGAAGCAGCAGAUCGCCGAGACGCAAAUCAUCGUCACGACGCCGGAGAAGUGGGAUGUCAUUACUCGCAAGAGUACCGAUACGUCCUACACGAACCUCGUGUCGCUCAUUAUCAUCGAUGAGAUCCACUUGCUCCAUGAUGACCGUGGCCCCGUGCUCGAGUCCAUCAUCGCUCGUACGAUCCGUCGCAUGGAACAGACGCACAACUACGUCCGCCUUGUCGGUUUGUCGGCGACGUUGCCCAACUACAAGGAUGUCGCCAAGUUCCUUCACGUCGAUCCCGAGAAGGGUCUGUUCUACUUCGACGCCUCGUACCGCCCGUGUCCCCUCAAGCAAGAAUUCAUCGGCGUGACGGAGAAGAAGGCGAUCAAGCGGUACCAGGUCACGAACGAGAUUUGCUACGAGAAGGUGCUCGAACACGCGGGCAAGAACCAAGUCAUCAUCUUUGUGCAUUCGCGCAAGGAGACGGCCAAGACGGCCAAAUUCUUGCGCGACCAUGCCGUCGAGAUGGAUACCAUCACCCAUUUCUUGCGCGCCGACCCUGCGACGAGGGAGAUCUUGACUUCCGAGGCCGAGACGGUCGCCGAUCCGAACUUGAGGGAUUUGCUUCCCUUUGGUUUGGCCAUCCAUCACGCCGGUAUGAACCGAGAGGACCGAACGCUUGUCGAAGACUUGUUCGCCGAUGGUCGUAUCCAAGUGCUCAUCUCGACCGCCACUCUCGCAUGGGGCGUCAACUUGCCCGCCCACGUCGUCAUCAUCAAGGGAACGCAGGUGUACAAUCCCGAAAAGGGUCGAUGGGUCGAACUGUCAUCGCAAGACGUCUUGCAGAUGCUCGGUCGUGCAGGUCGACCGCAGUACGAUACCUUUGGUGAAGGCAUCAUCAUCACGAACCAUUCGGAACUGCAGUACUACCUCUCGAUGAUGAAUCAGCAACUCCCCAUCGAGUCGCAGUUCGUUUCUCGUCUCGCGGAUAACCUUAAUGCCGAAAUCGUGUUGGGCACGGUGCGGAAUCGUGACGAGGCUGUGCAGUGGCUCAGUUACACGUAUCUCUACGUGCGAAUGCUUGGUUCGCCAGCUUUGUACAGCGUUUCGCCUGAUUUGUGAGUGCCGAGAGCAUGCCCAUGGGACGGAUGAACGAAAGCUGACGUCUGGUCUUGCGACCACCUCAAUAUAGCCGUGACGACGACCCUUACCUGAUCCAGAAGCGGUCCGACAUCAUCCACACCGCCGCCGUUUUGCUCGAGAAGAACUCGCUGAUUCGAUACGACCGACGAUCGGGUGUGUUCCACUCGAACGAACUCGGUCGCAUCGCGAGUGGUUACUACGUCACCUACACCUCGAUGGGCACGUAUAACCAGCACCUCAAAUCGGCGUCGGGCCUGAUCGAGCUCUUCCGCGUGUUCUCCAUCUCGGAAGAGUUCAAGAACGUUCCCGUACGUGCCGAGGAGAAGCUCGAACUGGCGAAGUUGCUCGAGCGUGUCCCGAUCCCGAUCAAGGAGAGUGUAGACGACCCUUCGGCCAAGAUCAACGUCUUGCUGCAGUCGUACAUCUCCAACUUGAAGCUCGACGGAUUCGCCCUCGUCGCGGACAUGGUCUACGUUACCCAAUCCGCUGGUCGUAUUCUGCGAGCCAUUUUCGAGAUUUGCCUCAAGCGUGGUUGGGCUGCGCUUACGCACAAAGCUUUGGCGUUGUGCCAGAUGGUCGAGAAGAGGAUGUGGGGGUCCAUGACGCCGUUGCGUCAGUUCAAGGGUGUGCCGACUGACGUUAUUCGUCGUGCGGAACGCAAGGAGUUCCCGUGGUACCGAUACUUUGAUCUUGAGCCGGCAGGUGAGCUACCCGAGGGCUGUGAUUCUCUUGUGGCCUUGUCCGACUCUAACGUCCAUCUUUUCCUGCAGAACUUGGUGAACUCAUCGGAGAACCCAAGGCGGGCCGACUGGUACACCGCUUGGUGCAUCAGUUCCCCAAGCUCGAACUGCAAGCCCACGUGCAGCCGAUCACAAGAACGAUGCUCCGCAUCGAAUUGACGAUCACGCCCGACUUCCAGUGGGAUGAGAAGGUGCACAGUGGUGCCGAGGCGUUCUGGAUCCUCGUCGAAGACGUCGAUGGCGAAAUCAUUCUCUACCACGACCAGUUCCUCCUACGCCAACGUUACGCCGAGCAGGACCAUUACGUUACGUUCACCGUUCGUUUGCUCGACCCGUUGCCACCCAACUACUUCAUUUCGGUCGUGUCGGAUCGAUGGCUUCACGCCGAAACGCGCCUGCCGCUCUCGUUCAAGCAUCUCAUUCUUCCCGACAAGUUCCCUCCGCCGACGACGUUGCUCGACCUGCAGCCUUUACCAAUCUCGGCCUUGCACAACCGCGAGUUUGAGGCUAUCUACGCUUCGACGCUUUCCUCGUUCAACAAGAUCCAGACGCAGGUCUUCCAAGCGCUGUACGCUUCGAACGAGAACGUCUUUGUCGGUGCCCCCACGGGCAGUGGCAAGACGAUCUGCGCCGAGUUUGCGCUCUUGCGUUUGUGGUCCCAGCCCAAGGCAACGCGAGCGAUCUGCAUCGAACCAUUCCAAGAUGUCGUUGACAUGCGUGUCGCGGAGUGGAAGGCCAAGUUUGGUGACGUGCAAGGCGGGAAGGAGAUCGUCGCGCUCACGGGUGAGACCUCGGCCGACAUCCGGUUACUCGAGAAGGGCGAUGUCAUCGUCUGCACACCCAGUCAAUGGGACCUCAUCUCGCGCCGAUGGAAGCAGCGCAAGAACGUUCAAACGAUCGGUCUCCUGAUCGCCGACGAGAUCCAACUGGUCGGUGGCGAGAUCGGCCCGACGUACGAGGUCAUCGUCUCGCGAACGCGCUACGUGCAAAAGCAGACCGAGAACCCAACCCGUAUCGUCGCGUUCGGUGUCUCGCUCGCGAACGCUCGUGACGUCGGUGAAUGGAUGGGCGCAACGUCGCAGACCAUCUUCAACUUCUCUCCCGGGGCUCGACCUCUGCCGAUGGAGGUGCACAUCCAGUCCUUCAACGUGCCGCACUUCCCGUCCUUGAUGAUCCAGAUGGCCAAGCCAGCGUACCUCGCCGUUGUCGAGUAUGCGCAGGACCGACCCGUGCUUUGCUUCGUGCCGUCGCGAAAGCAGUGCCGAUUAUCGGCCGACGACAUCUUGACGUACUGCCUUGCGGACCAAGAGGAGUCGCGCUUCCUCAACAUCGAUGCCGGGGAGCUCGCACCCCAUUUGGCGCACGUAACCGAUUCGGAGCUCAAGGCCACGCUCGAACAUGGUAUCGGUUUCUACCACGAGGCCUUGUCGAAACAGGACAAGCGUAUCGUCGAGCACCUCUUCUCGUCAGGUGCGAUCCAGGUCGUUGUCGCUUCCAAGGACACCGCAUGGAGCAUCCCCUUGACUGCCUAUAUGGUCGUCAUCAUGGGCGUGCAGGCGUUUGAAGGCAAGGAGCAUCGAUACAUCGACUACCCGCUCACCGAUGUUUUGCAGAUGAUGGGCCGCGCGUGCCGACCGACGCACGACGCGUCGAGUCGAUGCGUGCUCAUGUGCCAGCAAGUGCGCAAGGACUUUUUCAAAAAGUUCCUCAACGAAGGCUUGCCGAUCGAGUCGCACUUGCACCUGUCGUUGCACGACCACUUCAACGCCGAGAUCGUGACCAAGACGAUCGAGAACAAGCAAGACGCCGUCGAUUGGCUCACCUGGACUUGGAUGUACCGUCGUCUCGUCGCCAACGCCAACUACUACAACAUGCAAGGCACGACCCACCGUCACCUGAGUGACCACCUGUCCGAGCUCGUCGAAUCGACCUUGACGGAUCUGCAAAACUCGAAGGCGAUCACGAUUGAGGACGAGAUGGACACCUCGGCGCUCAACUUGGGCAUGAUCGCGGCGUACUACAACAUCUCGUACGUGACCGUCGACAUCUUCUCCAUGUCGUUGACGGACAAGACCAAGCUCAAGGGCUUGCUCGAGAUCGUCUCGUCCGCGUCCGAGUUUGAAAACAUCCCGAUUCGGCACCACGAGGACGUCUUCUUGCGCAAGGUCUAUGAUCGAGUACCGGUCAAGUUGGCGAAUGUCGAUUAUGAUUCACCUCACUUCAAGACGAACGUGCUUUUGCAGGCGCACUUUGCGCGCCUCAGCCUGCCCGCCGAUCUGGCGGCCGAUCAGACCGUCAUCCUCACCCGAGUCCUCAAGUGAGUGACCUGUUGCAUUUCUGAUCCUUGUCCGACUUUUAUCUUACUUUCUUCUGUCUCCUACCACAGCUUGUUGUCGGCUUGCGUCGAUGUCAUGUCCUCGAACGCCUACCUCAAUGCGCUCGGUGCGAUGGAGUUGUCGCAGAUGUGCGUGCAAGGCAUGUGGGACUCGGACUCGCCGCUCAAGCAGAUCCCAGGCUUCACCAAAGAAGUCAUCGACCGCUGCUCCAAGGCCGACGUCCGAUCGGUGUACGACAUCAUGGAACUCGAGGACGAGCAACGCGACGAGUUACUGCGAUUCGACGCGCGACAAAUGCGCAAAGUCGCCAAGGUGUGCAACGCUUAUCCCUCGAUCGAACUUUCGCAUGAGGUGCAGGACAAGGACGAGCUUUCGGCUGGAUCGUCGAUUACGCUUGUUGUGAACCUGGAGAGGGAGGUCGAUGAGGGUGACGAGGUCGAUCAGAAGGUCCCUGCACCGUUCUUCCCGGUGUCCAAGAUUGAGAAUUGGUGGUUGGUGGUUGGAGAACCCAAGACGAAGCAGUGAGUUUUGCUGUCUAUAAUCUCCCUUUCCAAGAGACUCGAACUGACUCUGACCCCUUGUGGCUCUACAGAUUGCUCUCGAUCAAGAAGGUGACCGUCCAACGCGACCUGAGCGUCAAGCUAGACUUCACCUUACCGCAAGGCUCUCACGACCUCAAGCUCUACUUCGUCUCGGACUCGCACCUCGGUGCCGAUCAAGAACACGACAUUCCGACGUUGCAAGUUGCCGAAGCGGAGGACUCGGAUGAGGACGAUGAUGAUGAUGACGAUGAUGAUAUGGAGGAGUAG